AUGGCCUGGCAAACGAUCCGCAGGGCUCUUUGGAGUUUCCUCCUAUUCGUAACCCUUCUUCUUCUGGCCUUCCCAAGCGCCCUCACGGAACUAAUCAUCACCAGUAUACGGAUCGAGCACAUCAAGGACAAUACACCCAUAGACGAAUACCGCUUCGAGAACGCCGAAGUUCUGGGCUUCCAACGCGCAUACCCGGUCGAUCCCUGGAGGUCCGGCAACAACGUCUCAAGCCAGUCUUACCGCGACUGGAAAAAGGUAGUAGUCGAUCUGCCACGCCUCCCGCUCGGCAACUGGAACACAGCCGAGAUCGGGCUAAAGCCGGACACGCUGCUCGAGGUAAGUAACCCCUGGCACCCCAUGAGCAUUGAAUAUGUCGACUUCGUGAAGGUCAGGUCGCUGAAGAACGUGUCUACCGUUCAACGCACACGAGCCGAUGUCGUGCAGGUCGUCUCGCACCCCUUUUUCGAGACACCCGUGGUUAUGAAGAUCGCCAGCUUUCCUUCAGACCUAGCCAUCCAGGCAAUGGAGAGAGAGAUUGGUAUUUAUCAGCUCUUGGAGAACACGGACAUUGCGCCGCGGUUUCUGGGCCACGUCACCGAGGAUGGACGGGUCAUCGGGUUUCUGAUUGAGUAUAUUGCAGAUGCACGAACUGCGGCGGCUGUCUGGUCAGACGAGUUCUCGUCGAUUUCGAGCUCUCCACAGGAGACGAAUCCUCAUGUGCUCGAAAGGGAUUUUGCUUUUUUCGAAGGAGUUACAGUAGGCUAG